UGUUGACCAGUGUUCCACCCUUUUUGACAGAAAUAUUUUGUUUUAUUUAUAAAAAUUGUAUCCUGAUCUAGCAAAAUUAGAUUAAUCGCACAUCGCUGUAUAUCAGUGGUGCUAUCACAUGGUAUUGUUCACAGACCACCUGAAUACUCGUCUGUUUUUAUUGAUUUUUAAUUAAAUAGUAAUAAUUUAACAGAAGCUGUUUGUUCUUUACGUAUCAUGUAUUAGAUUUUUUUUAUUGUUAUUGUUACAGUGACACCUCCCCCACCAAGAUGCAGCUAUUAUAUAGCUCAAAGAAUGGGAAAUAUAAUCAGCAGUGGCUACCCAGUCAGUUACCCUAACAACAUGGACUGUACAUAUACCAUCACUAAGCUCAGUGGCGACAUCUGCUGGCUUAAAAUCACAUUUGUAGAUUUUUCUUUGCAGACGAGCGACAACUGCACAAGAGAUUAUUUAGAAAUUAGCGUGGGUAAUCGCUUUUGUGGCAACGUACAAAAAAAUCUCGUUGAAAUGUAUCCUUUUGCUACGGGAGUAAACUAUAUCAACCUUAAGUUCAUCACCGAUAACAGCAGCACCAGCCGAGGUUUUAAUCUUGCAUACCAAUUAGUCCGUUGUGAUGAAUUUCCAUCGUCUACAGAGUCACCUCAACAAAUAACCACUGCUGAGUACAAAUAUACUUCAUCUGAACCAGAAACAACAACAGUAGAACCGGUCACGGAGUCCGAAACAACCUCAGGCCGUGGUAGAAUCUCCAAAGAUUUGGACAUACCAGAUGCAGAUGAAUGAAGAGUUGUAUAAACCUAACCUUGUUUAAUCCUCCUCAACCAAAGUGAUCUGGAUCCUGAAUAAUGCAGAUGAAUGAAGAGUUGUAUAAACCUAACCUUGUUUAAUCCUCCUCAACCAAAGUGAUCUGGAUCCUGAAUAAAAAUUGUGCUUCAAUUUCUGUUUAUAUUAACACCAAAAAAUAAUUUCAAUCAGUAACAAAGGAAUUAGGUUUACCAUUGACUUUAAGUUAAAUAUUUAACAGCAUAUGAACAAAGCUUUGUAAAACGAAAACAGCGAAUAUCUAAGAAGUACAAAAAAUCUAUUUCUGUUUUACAAAUAAGUACAGUAUUAAAGCCAUUAAUAUAACAAAAUUUUAUGUUUAUACUCAUAUUCUAUUUUCUUU